AUGAAGUACUUUUCUACUCGAGGAGGUGACGAGGAGCUUUCUUUUGAAGAGGUCGUCCUCGCCGGCCUCGCGCCAGACGGCGGCUUGUACAUCCCCGCAGAAAUCCCCAAGCUCCCAGAAAACUGGGAGAACGAUUGGUCCAAGCUGUCCUACCAGGACCUCGCCGUCGCCAUCCUUUCCCUCUUCAUUUCCCCUUCGGAGAUCUCCCGCGAGGAAAUCACCCAGCUCGUAUACAGCACCUAUGCAUACCCUCAGAAAUUUAGGGAUCCCCUCAUCACUCCGCUAGUAUCUCUGUCAGAAAAACUCUACAUACUUGAACUCUUCCAUGGCCCAACCUACGCCUUCAAAGACCUUGCCCUACAGCUCGUCGGAAAUCUCUUCGAGUUCUUCCUCCGCAGGCGGAACAUGCGCAAAGCUCCAAGAGAACGUGCAGAACGGCUCACAGUUCUUGGUGCAACGAGCGGAGACACAGGAAGUGCGGCAAUAUAUGGCCUUCGUAACAAGGCUAACAUAUCCAUCUUCAUUCUCUUCCCUCGUGGUCGAGUGUCCGAAAUUCAGGAGGCACAGAUGACGACUGUUAUGGAUGAAAAUGUCCACAAUGUCAGGGUUGCAGGCACAUUUGACGAUUGUCAGGAUAUUGUGAAAACGCUCUUCUCAGACAAGGAGUUCAACGAACGACACUCUCUCGCAGCCGUCAACUCUAUCAACUGGGCCCGCAUCCUCGUCCAGAUUGUCUACUACUUCUCUGCCUACUUCCAACUGAAGAACUCCCUCGCUAGUACUGGGACAACGAUAAAUCCGGACGUUCAGUUUGUAGUCCCCACCGGCAACUUUGGUGACGUUCUCGCGGGGUACUACGCGAAACGCAUGAUGUUGCCCAUGCGCAAACUCGGCAUCGCAACCAAUGCAAAUGACAUCCUUACUCGGUUCUGGGAAACAGGAAGGUACGCAAAGAUAGACCCCUCAACGGGUUUAGGAGUCAAGGAGACUCUAAGCCCUGCGAUGGAUAUUACUGUAUCAAGCAAUUUUGAGCGACUAUUGUGGUACCUGGCAUACCAGACAUCGUCACCUGGCGACCCUACAAGGCGCGUAACGGCAUGUAAGACAGUAUCCAGGUGGAUGGAAGCAGUGAAAAAGGAGGGCGAAAUGGUGGUACCUGAUGAAGUGCUCCAAGCAGCAAGAGAGGACUUCGUUGCCAAAAAAGCAGAUGACGAGCAGGGAUCUCCCUCUUACAUUCCGGAUCCGCACACAGCUGUCGGCCUUCACGUGGCAGAUUCAUUUGCAAGGACAGAAAACGUGGAGCCAGUCGUCCAGGUCGUCCUGGCGACCGCCCACCCAGCCAAAUUCUCCGCAGCCGUGAACCAAGCCUUAGGAACGGCGGACGGAUUCGAUUUCGAUCGCGAUGUACUUCCAGAUGAUUUCCGCGACUUCUUGGCGCGGGAGCGCCGCGUCAUAGACGUGGUACCGCCCAGAUGCGGAGCUCCUUCAGAUUACCAUUGA